AUGUCAUACAAAUCAUCUUAUUUUCGAUGUCUUGAACAUCGAUUAUCAACAUUACAUGAAGAUAUGGAUGAUCAAGAAGCAGUUAAUAUUAUUAAUCAUGACAUACCACUAGAAAAAUUACAAUCACUUGUUCAACGAGGAAAUACAACAUCAUUUAUAUUUUCAAUUAAAAAUCGAGUCGGUGGUCUAGCAAGAGCUCUUAAAGUUUUUCAAGAAAAUGGUAUCAAUGUUGUUCAUAUUGAAUCUCGUCGUUCACGUCGUACAAAUUCUGAAUAUGAAAUUUAUGUUGAUUUAGAAGCUGAUCGUAGUCGUAUUAAUGAAUCUAUGCAACAAUUAAAACGUCAAGUAUCAUGUGUUCGAAUUGAUUUAAAUAAUUUAACUGAAAAUAUAAAUCAAAAUAAUGAUGAUGUUUUUAUUAAUAAUAAUAAUAUUUCAAAUGGUAAUGGAGAUCUUGAACUACAUCCAUCAUCACCUUUUCUUGAUAAAAAUGGUGACCCAAUAAAACGUCAAAGUAAGUUGAAUGUGGAAAAUAAAAACUAA